AACCACACACUCAUAAAACGUUCAGCUGUAAAAGGGCGCGUCCGUUCGUGCGGCAUUUAUGCUGCAACUUUACCACGUUUGCUUGGCUUUUCUGUUUAAAAGGACGAGUAGUACGUGACUGAAACGAAAACACCCAGAGUUACGCCCCUUGGCUUGCGUGCUACACUUGAUUAUAUUUGCUGUAAAACAUUUGGUUGCUGUUCGCGAAAAUUGUCGAGUCAUUCUGAGCACUGCGAAGAAACAUAUCGUGCGGUGAUUUUCCUGCAUAUUUCUUUUUCUACGCUUUUUGAAACAGGCGUAACCCAUGCUGUGUGAUUUUUAUCCAGGGGAGCGAUGAGCUGUUUAGUUUUAGAGGUGUUGAAGCCGAGUGUGGCCUGCGCGCUACAGCUCCGUGCCACUGCCACUGGGGAUUCGCGUAGGGCACUCGCCGGCUUCUUGUAUCGACACCGCGGCUGGGACACACAGAAAGCGCCGGUGCGCAAAUACAGUGCAAACAUGGAGCGCCGAGCAGGAGGGGGUAUCAUAUUCCGACAGCUCUUUGAGUCCAUCAGCAGUACCUACACCUAUCUGCUGGGGGACCCAGAGAGCAGAGAGGCAGUUCUCAUUGACCCUGUGUUGGAGACAGUGGACAGAGACAUCAAGCUGAUUGAGGAGCUGGAACUCCAGCUAAAAGUGGCUGUGAACACCCACUGUCACGCAGAUCACAUAACUGGCACAGGUUUGAUGAAGAAGAAGCUGUAUGGGACUAAGAGCGCUAUCUCUGAGCACAGCGGAGCCACUGCGGACAUCCUGCUGUCUGAGGGAGACAGCAUCACUUUUGGAAAAUACUGUCUGAAUGUGCGAGAAACUCCUGGACACACGGAUGGCUGUGUGACUCUAGUCGCAGGUGACCAAUCAAUGGCCUUCACAGGUGAUGCCUUGCUCAUCCGGGGCUGUGGAAGAACAGACUUCCAGCAGGGCUGUUCCAAGAAACUGUACCAUUCUAUCCAUACAAAGAUUUUCACUUUACCUGGACAUUGCCUGAUCUACCCUGCUCAUGACUACAAAGGUCAAACUGUGUCUACAGUGGAUGAAGAGAAGAAGUUUAAUCCCCGCCUAACCAAAACACUGGAAGAAUUUGUGGAAAUUAUGUCCAACCUGAAUCUGCCAAAGCCUCAAAAGAUCGACAUUGCAGUGCCUGCCAACCUGGUUUGUGGACUUCAUGACAUUUGAAUUUCAAGGUAUAAGAUAUUUUGUAUCCAAACAGCAAUCCAAUGAACAAAUAUCAGAUUGUGCACACAUUUUCUGAUUCAAAUAUCUUAUUUCAUGUUUUAUUUGUUGGAAAAUGAAAUUGAUAACUUGUUAAUCAUACUUAUAUUGAAUUAGGACUAGUACUGUACGUGAGAACUAUUGUACAAUUUUGUAAUGGGGUAAACAGCGUGUAGGAGUUUAAUAGAUGACCUUUAAAAAUAGAAAUUCAUGCUGUUUAACUUUAAUGACUUUUACCAGUUUAUCACUGGGUAUGGUUUAACAAACUUUUCUUCCUGUGCGUGUCUAUACGUGUCAUUCUCAAUAGGGGUGAUAUAUUAUUUUCAUUCGGUUUGUUUCCAGGGGAUGUAUUUCUGAUUACAAAUUUCAAGCUACAAUUUAGUGUUUGUCCUGCAAAAGUGCAGCUCUCAAUCAUGAAUCUUUAUCAUUGUUUGCUUGGACUUGAGAUGCUGAUCAUGUUGCUUUCAUAAAUUAAUGUCUUUCCAUUAUGUACAGUGGCACUGAAACUUGUAGGUUUCAUUGGAACAUUCUUUUGGAAAUGUUUAUUUGGAUUUUUAGGCCAUAAAUUGCAUUUUUUUUAUUUUUAUUUUUAAAUCGUGAAUAAAGAACU